AUGCCCACCUAUCUCACUGACUUCAUCAAGUGGCACUGCCUGGACAAGCCCCCUGGCUCCCGCCGCCGCCUCCCUCCCUGCCUGGCCGACAGCUCCGACUGCCUGAGAGCCCUGGGGGACUCGCUGGCGGGCCUCCCGCCAACUGCAGUGAUGGAUCCAGCCGCCUGGCGCAGGGCCAGAGCCCCGGCUGCCGUGAGGGCGCCGGGAGCUGAAACGCCGCCGCUGGGAGUGGGCAAGCAGGAUGCGGCCUCCCUCCUUAUUAAGUACACGGGCUUCAGGGACCGGCCCCACGAGGAGCGGCAGGCGCGCUUCCAGAACGCCUGCCGUGACGGCCGCUCAGAAAUCGCUUUUGUGGCUACAGGAACCAAUCUGUCUCUCCAGUUUUUUCCGGCCAGCUGGCAGGGAGAACAGCGACAAACACCUAGCCGGGAAUAUGUCGACUUAGAAAGAGAAGCAGGCAAGGUGUAUUUGAAGGCUCCUAUGAUUCUGAAUGGAGUCUGUGUUAUCUGGAAAGGCUGGAUUGAUCUCCAGAGACUGGAUGGUAUGGGCUGCCUGGAGUUUGAUGAGGAACGAGCCCAGCAGGAGGAUGCAUUAGCACAACAGGCCUUUGAAGAGGUUCGGAGAAGGACACGUGAAUUUGAAGAUAGAGACAGGUCUCACCGGGAGGAAAUGGAGGUGAGAGUUUCACAGCUGCUGGCAGUAACUGGCAAGAAGACAACAAGACCCUAGUCCUGGUUCCAAUUUAGGUGGUGGUGAUGACCUCAAACUUCGUUAAUUAGUAACACAGCAGGUGUGCCCCCCAAUCUUUACAUAUACAUUGUUUCUAGUCGACAAAAAUAAUUGAUUGGAAGACCAGAAACUGUGAUAACUGGAGGUACUACAGUCUAUUUCUCAACCUUAGGCAGUGACAGGACAUCAUAAACUGCCAUGGUUUUGCACUAUGAUUAUAAUACCUGCAUUUCUAAUUUUGUAUGCAUGUAGCCAGUAAUAAUUUAAAUUUUUUUUCUAUUCAAGCUAACUUGUUGGCAUUAUUGUAGUGAGGUAAAACUAUGUACUUACAAAACUCUUGUUUUCUCCCUCCAUUUUAAUUUAAAAGUUCAUGUCAUUUAAAAACAAGAAAUUAAAAUGUUUUUAUCAGAG